AUGUUAGACAAGAAGCUCGCGAAAUCGCCGCCGACGCCGACGCCGUCCCUCUCCGUGAGUAUUCCCCUCUCCUGCCGCCGUGGUAUCGUAGCGUUGAGCAUUCAUCCCCCAAGCCAACGAGACUCAUCCAAGAAACAACAACAAGACCAUGUGAGAGUCAAAGUCUGCUUCCCCCAGAAACAUCUGAUUCCCGAGGCCUUUUGCCGCCCGCGGAAACAAAUACAAAAAAAAGAUGAGAUGACUUUUCUGGGUGAACCGCCCGUAUGCUCCCAGCUCUCAAUCCCGCCCCCGACGGCUUCAUGUGAUCCGAAUCGCGCCUCGUAUCCCCCCCAAUCUUUCCGGCAUCCAACCCCCAUCCCUUUUCGUAUGCAGGCGUCGCGCUGCAUACAACCCACCAUCAAGUCUGCAACCACCACCACCAACGGCACCUCCACCACAGAGAAGGGAGGAGGGAACCGCUCGUCGUUCACAGCAUUAAAAAAAAGGUCAUUCGCCAAUCGCGCGCGAGAGGGUAGGUCCCCUGCGAUUUCGACAAGAGCCUCCAAGAAAGAUCGUCCCCCUCCCUCCUCUCUACAAUGUACAUGCAUACAUGCAGUCACGAUAUGA